CACGACGAUCUCACUCGACAAGCUGGGCCACCUGGAGAUCCAGAAGACGACGUACCCCGAGCUGCAUCACCAGAGCCAGCCGGAGACGAUCAAGUACCUUCUUCAUGGCAACCGCCCAUCAAGGCGCUACGACCACCUCGGUGACGUGCCUUCCACCAUCAAGCAGAAGUCCGACUUCCCGAGCUCAGCCGUACCAGUCAUAGAGCGCAUCGUUACAAUCGAGGGGAAUAUCUUGAAGGGCGCAGGGCCCCCUCCUAAGGAGAGGGGCAGGAAGGUCAAGGGGCAGCGGGCGACGCUACCCCUACCCACCAGCACCAACCAGCGACUUCGAAAGGAGAUCACCGAGAAGUCUCUGAUGAACACCUACAAGCGCCAGCCCUGCGUCGCAGCUAAGUGCCGAGAGUGUGGCAACGUCAAGAAUGCCCGAGCUGCGCGAGUGCUGCCUCCUGCUGAAGCUGAUCAAGUACUUCGUGAUCCAGAGCUCGCUUCUCGAAUUAUGGGAUCCUGGCGGGUCCUGGAGAUCGGCUUCGAGCGCCCCAUCUUCGACGGCUGCGUCCUCUACCUGAGGGGCGACAAGGGGCCCCGCGGAGUCAUGGGCUCGGCGGUGGGCGACGUCGCGGGCGGAGGCGACAGCGAGAUCGACGAGGCCUGCAAGGAGCUGCGCGCGAGGUUCGAGCCCAGCGCCACGAGCAAGCGCGCGGGCGAGGAGCUCGCGCCGAACGACGACAACGCCGAGAUCAUCGUCUCACGGGGCCAGCAUUCGACCGAUAUUCCGGCGAUCAACAGCGCGACG